AUGAGGCUUUCCUUGGCGUGGCUUUUAGCCUUUCUGGCGUCUCUCCAUGGCUCACUUGGUGUGACUCUCAAUGUGAACGAUACAACGUCAGUGCAUAAUGCAACAGCAUUGAUUGCGGAAGGUUUGCUAGAUUACUACACAGGAUUGCAGCCCGGAAAUGCUAUCGGUAUGUUUUCUAAUCCAUACUACUGGUGGGAAGCUGGUGGUGCAUGGGGGUCUAUUUUAGACUACUGGUGGUACACCGGGAAUGACACGUUCAAUGGAAUUCUUAAACAAGCGCUGCUGGCGCAGACUGGAGACAAUAACGAUUACGUGCCUUUAAAUCAAUCCGUGACAGAAGGUAACGAUGAUCAAGCCUUUUGGGGUCUUGCUGUGAUGGCUGCUGCAGAAAGGAAUUUCGAAAAUCCGGCUGACGACGAACCACAAUGGUUGUAUCUGGCCCAGGCUGUCUUCAAUACCAUGGCUUUGCGUUGGGAUGACGAUACCUGCGGUGGUGGUCUUAGGUGGCAGAUUUUCACUUGGAAUUCAGGCUAUGAUUACAAAAACACUGUGUCGAAUGGCGCGCUUUUCCAUAUUGCCGCCAGACUCGCUCGUUAUACUGGUAACCAGUCCUACGCGGAUUGGGCCGAAAAAGUAUUUGACUGGAUGAAGGGUAUCAACCUUCUGGAAGAAGGCGGGAACAAUUUUGUGUUUGAUGGUGCUAAUGUUGAGAACAAUUGCAGUAAUGUCACGAAAUUGAUUUGGACUUAUAAUCAAGGGCUACUGAUGUCAGGUUCUGCGUAUUUGUACAAUUUUACGGAAGAUGAGGUAUGGCAUACGAGAACCUGGGAAUUCUUGAACUCAUCGAGCAUUUUUUUCAACAAUAGUGUUUUGUAUGAGGUUACUUGCCAAGGUGGUAAUACAUGUAAUACCGACCAGCGGUCCUUCAAAGCCUACUAUUCCAGGUUUCUGGGAUUGACGGCCCAAUUAGUGCCCGGGGCAAGGGACAAAAUUAUGGAUUGGAUUCGCACUUCUGCGCAGGGCGCUGCUCAAUCUUGUUCCGGUGGUACGGACGGUCACACUUGUGGUCUAAACUGGUUCUACGAAGGUUGGGACGGAAAGUGGGGAUUAGGUGAACAGAUGGCAGCACUGGAAAUUAUGCAAAAUGUGCUUUGUCUUGACAGACCCGCGCCCUACACCCACGACACAGGUGGUACCUCUCUUGGUAACGGUGCUGCAGGGACCGAGACCCAACCGACGAACUUGGCACCAUUGAACAUAACGACUGGAUCUAGAGCCGGAGGUGGCAUUAUCACGGCAGUCAUUGGUCUUUCCAUUGUGGCUUGCACAGUAUGGUUAGUCUUGUAA